AUCAUGGCGGCAGUGACGCAGCGCGUUAGUAAUAGAAAACUGGAGGUACGAGGGUGAACGACAGGGAACGGUUUCCGGGUUUCCUUUCCUGGGCUGGGACAGCGGCGACAGUAAAAAUCUCCUGUUGAAUACCGACAUUUCAGAGUUCUGCGGAGAAAUCUUUGGUCGAUAUCCACUAAACAGCAAUGUCUCAAUCUGGAGAAAAGGGAAAGUUCCCAGAUGCGACGGGUUAUGUCGGCUUUGCCAACCUCCCAAACCAAGUACACAGAAAAUCUGUGAAAAAAGGUUUUGAAUUCACCCUAAUGGUCGUAGGAGAGUCUGGUUUGGGCAAAUCCACACUUAUAAACAGCCUGUUUCUCACUGAUCUCUAUCCUGAACGCUACAUCCCUGGAGCUGCAGAGAAGAUAGAGAGGACGGUGCAGAUCGAAGCGUCCACUGUGGAGAUCGAGGAGAGAGGAGUAAAGCUGCGUCUCACUGUGGUUGACACCCCAGGAUAUGGUGACGCCAUCAACAGUCAGGACUGCUUCAAGACCAUCAUCCAGUACAUUGACAAUCAGUUUGAACGGUACCUGCACGACGAGAGCGGGCUGAACCGAAGACACAUAGUGGACAACAGGGUGCAUUGUUGCUUCUACUUCAUAUCACCAUUUGGACACGGUCUUAAGCCUCUGGAUGUGGAGUUCAUGAAGGCCAUUCACAGCAAAGUCAACAUUGUCCCAGUCAUUGCCAAAGCUGACACGCUGACACUGAGGGAGAGAGACCGCCUGAAGAGAAGGAUUUUGGAUGAGAUCGCUGAGCAGGGCAUCAGAAUCUAUCAGCUCCCUGAUGCCGACUCUGACGAAGACGAGGAGUUCAAGGAGCAGACCAGGGUCCUGAAGGCGAGUAUUCCCUUCGCUGUGAUUGGCUCCAACCAGCUGAUCGAGGUGAAGGGGAAGAAGAUCCGUGGUCGUCUUUACCCCUGGGGUGUUGUUGAGGUGGAGAACCCCGAACACAACGACUUCCUCAAACUACGCACCAUGCUUGUGACCCACAUGCAAGAUCUACAGGAAGUAACUCAGGAUCUGCACUAUGAGAACUUCCGCUCAGAGAGGCUGAAGAGAGCGGGCAGGGCUGCGGAUGAAGAGGUGUUGGACAAAGACCAGAUUCUGCUGCAGAAAGAGUUAGAGUUGAGACGUAUGCAGGAGAUGAUCGCUCAGAUGCAGGCACAGAUGAAGAUGAAACCAGACGAGUGAAAGGGUCAAAGGGAGAGAAACAAAAACACCACACUGCCUACACACACACACACACACACGCACACACACUGAGGGGUCAUCCUUUGUGUGACAGCUACCUGCCAACUCGCUGCAGACCAGAGCAGGACUACAUCACCACUCCUUCUUCCUCUGGCAACCGACAUUUUCUUUUUCCUUUUUUUUUUUUUUUUUUUCGAACAUCUGUCCAUCAGCUGUUUAUGAGCACAAUAACCUUUGCUUAUCUCACAACAACAAACAAACAAAAACACUAAUUCACAACAUUCUGAUUCAAGCUUCGGGAACAAAUAGGUGGCAUUAGUGGCAUAUCUUCAGUAGAGAAGAAAGAAACCUAUUUUAUGAAAGAGUUAUAUGAACAUGUCUUAAUCGUUGAUAGAUGUGCAGCACCAGGGCUGCUUUAAAAAAUAAAUUCUGAAAACUAUUUGUUAAAUAUUUUUAGUAAAAAAAAAAAAAAACUAGCUUCAAUAUCUGAGCCGUGGAAUACAGUAAAAUAAAAAAAAUAACAAUAAAUGUCUUCCAAAACUCAAAAUGUGCUUCUCUGCAAUAAUUAAAUAUUAAUAUUAAAACAUAUUAAUAAGUCAGUAAAAAUAUUCACCCGCUUGUAAAGAAGUUGGUUUUUAUUUGGUUUAGUUCAUUAACGUGUUUUUCCAGAACUCCAUUAGACUAUUGUUUCCCAAAGACUGGUUCACGACCCUCGGGUGUGUCACAAGAGAUUUCUUUUUGGGUCGUCUCACAUCAUGUUUCCCAGGAGUUUACGAAUAAUGUCUUAUUGACUUGGGUCGUGAAGGUUUAUGACUUUUAAAAUAUGGGUCCCCAGAAAAAACAGUUUGGGAAACACUGCGUUAGUAGAUAACUGACAUGUUUACAUGAAGCCGGCCGCAUUUUGAGUUUCAUUUCUUUUAUCAUGUUGUUCACUUGGUCAUAAAGCCAUCACCUUAAACUUUAAAUGGUUUUCAUGUCCGUCUGCUUUAGUGGACAUUUUCAAAAGACAGUUAAAGGUUUUACUGUUAAACACAUUGCAGUAUUGUGUCCAAUUUUUCUGGAGGGGUAUUGUUAGCUAAAUGUGGAGAGUAAUAAGUGAAGCUAACACUCAAAGAACGACUGGUCAGUAGGAUCAGUCUGGAGUUAUUUUCAUGUUCUGUGUUGUGUUUGUUUUUAAUGUCAUCAUCUGUCAUCGUGACCUUACUGCCAGUGCCAAAUAACAACUGCAGACUCAAAACCAGCUAUAUGAUUUAGUGGUGUUAGUUAUUAGUGUGUGUGUGUGUGUGUACUCCAGUAACAGUUGAGUAGAACCAAUGGUUUUUGUGCCGAAGCACAUAUUCUUCAUUAGAAAAACCCCACGGAACACCACCAAACACUAAUCUGACAAAAAGUAGAUUUGGUAAUAAAUCUGUAAUAAAAUGUAAUCCUAGUUUAAAUACACUCACAGUUUACUAAAAUCUCAGCCUGUUGAGUUGAAGACAAUGCUGAUGUACUCACAGGAAUUGAAGAGAGACACUCUGAUUCUUUUUUUUAGUUUUCCACCUAGCGACAAGUAUUUAAUUGUUCUGCCUGC